UAAUGAAAGCGAGGGACGUGUUAAUCACCACUCUCCUAUCUCCAUCUCUCCAUCUUUCUGUAGAAACUUCAAAUCAAAUCUUCAUCCAUUCCUAAUCAAAGAAAAAUGGCAGAUAAAGUAUCAACGUUGGUGUUGAAGGUUGAUCUUGACUGCGAUCCCUGCUACAAGAAGAUCAGAAAAGCUCUCUGCCAAUUCCGUGAAAUCCAGAGCCAGAGUUUUGACGAGAAGCAAAAGAAGGUGACCAUAUCUGGUCCGUUCGAUCCGGAGAAGCUCAUCAAGAAGCUCUAUUGCAAGGUCGGAUGCAAAAUCAUCAUUUGCUACGAGGUCGUGCCACCUCCACCUCCACCUCCACCUCCCGAACCCAAGCCACUGGUUACUGGCAUGGUUCUUAGAGGCAUUUUUCUGUUACGGAAGAAGGAACUUGAUUGGUUUUAUGAGGGUGGUGCAGCUGCUAUUUUCCCAUAUGGUAAUUACUAA